AUGGUGGUUAUUGAGCACAGCUCACAGAGUCCUGUUACCUGGGUCCAGAACUCCUACGAGACUCUAGUGAGAACACUGAGGGAGCUGAACACGAGGUGUCCCCUGUCUAACAGGAAGAGUGCUGCUCUGCAGAGCCUGCUCUUACAGUUCCUCGCUCAGAGGGACAGACUUAAUGCUCUACGAACAGUUGAAGUACUCUCCCCGACCUCGUUUGCUGUGUUGGCAGUCCCCAAGUUCACUAUCUCCCCUCAGCUGGGUAGGUUCGACUGGCUGAGUUCCAUGUUACCUGCCAAUAUCAACAAGUCCUCUCCACGCAUCGAUAUCACAGUGAGCCAACUAACCGCUGAAAUGACUUACGACUACGAGUACCUUGGCAGAUACAGCCGCCUGGUGAUAACACCUAUCACCGAGAGAGUACAGUUCAGUUUGGUAGCUGCUGUCACCCUCAGGCAAACUCUAGCUAUCACAGGCCCUUCUAAUUCUGGAAAGUUCGAAACUGUCAAGGACUAUGCUAAUAUGUUAGGUAGAUACUGCGUGGAAUACUCGGACACCUUGCAACCUCUCCUACUCUCACACCUUUUAGCUGGACUCAUCCAGACUGGCUGCUGGAUGGUAGUGAGGAUGUUUGAGAGAUCUGAUCUGCUUUCAGAGUUGGGACAGGUACUUCAAGGCAUUCACCGCGGGUUCGCUUCGUUGGCGGAUGCUAGACUAUUUAACGAGCAGAAGUGCCCCGUUAUACCCUCUUUCCAUCACGAGGAGAGACCUGCAUCACAUGAACCCUCCAGUAAAAUUAACAGGGAAUUCCAGACCCCGUCGCCACUACGACCUGACACAGUGUCCGCUCAACUAAACCUCAGCUCGGAGCACAGCCCCCCGGUUCCCAACUAUUUGGGGAACAUCAUGGUCGGGGACACUCUUGUUCCGGCUAGCGGCUCCUUCCAGUGUAUUCUUACUCUGCCACGCAGUCAGCCUCUUCCUCUUAAUCUCAAGGACUGUUGCCGGGGUAUGAGUAUGAUGUUGCCAGAUCUAGAUACUAUUAUCCUCGCCAAGUUGAUCUCAGCAGGAUACAAGUUCUACGAUCAUCUAUCAAUAAAGCUCAGCUGUUUUAUCACAUACCUUGAUCCAAUGGUGGUCAAUUUGGAACUGUAUACCCUGCCAAUUGUGAAGAGUAUUCCCCCAAAACCCACUUGUUUCAAUCUUUAA